AUGUGGGGAGAGCUGCGGGGGGUGGGGAGGGAGGACAGGGACCAGGCGUGGGCUGUAAUAGGAGCGACGAAGGAGGCGCUGUGGAAAGCGCGAAAGAAGGAGCUGGAGGGGUCCCUGAUGUCCCCGUUGGAGACGUGUUAUGUUGCGAGGAGAUUGUUGGAAAGGGUGGUGGAGGUGGACUGGGUGAAAAUGGGGCGCGAUGCCGCAAGGGAACGAUGGAAGUGGCCGCUGCCCAGGAGUCGACGAACGAGCGCACGCACGCACGCCCCGCCACGUGCGCUCGUCAUCAUCCAGCGUGCCGAGCGCGUCCUUUUCGAGUGGUUUGCCUUCGCAGAGUUGCGUCAAGCGGAGGAGGGAGAAAGGGAGUGGCUCAUCAGAUUUCUACUGGUACGAAAGAAAUAUUGUGAUUCUGAAGCGGGCAUCACGUCUGCGAACAAGAGCUUAGUAGCCCAUCGGAUUUCUCCGGUACAAAAUAAAUAUUGUGAUUCUGAAGUGGGCAUUACGUCUGCGAACAAGAGCUUUGUAGCUCAUCAGAUUCCUCUGGUACAAAAGAAAUAUGAGUCUGAAGUGGGCAUCACGUCUGCGAACAAGAGCUUAGUAGCUCAUCGGAUUCCUCCGGUACAAAAUAAAUAUUGUGAUUCUGAAGUGGCCAUUACGUCUGCGAACAAGAGCUUUGUAGCUCAUCAGAUUCCUCUGGUACGAAAGAAAUAUGAGUCUGAAGUGGGCAUCACGUCUGCGAACAAGAGCUUAGUAGCUCAUCGGAUUCCUCCUGUACAAAAUAAAUAUUGUGAUUCUGAAGUGGGCAUUACGUCUGCGAACAAGAGCUUUGUAGCUCAUCAGAUUCCUCUGGUACGAAAGAAAUAUGAGUCUGAAGUGGGCAUCACGUCUGCGAACAAGAGCUUAGUAGCCCAUCGGAUUCCUCCGGUACAAAAUAAAUAUUGUGAUUCUGAAGUGGGCAUUACGUCUGCGAACAAGAGCUUUGUAGCUCAUCAGAUUCCUCUGGUACGAAAGAAAUAUGAGUCUGAAGUGGGCAUCACGUCUGCGAACAAGAGCUUAGUAGCCCAUCGGAUUCCUCCGGUACAAAAUAAAUAUUGUGAUUCUGAAGUGGGCAUUACGUCUGCGAACAAGAGCUUUGUAGCUCAUCAGAUUCCUCCGGUACGAAAGAAAUAUGAGUCUGAAGUGGGCAUCACGUCUGCGAACAAGAGCUUAGUAGCUCAUCGGAUUCCUCCGGUACAAAAUAAAUAUUGUGAUUCUGAAGUGGGCAUUACGUCUGCGAACAAGAGCUUAGUAGCCCAUCGGAUUCCUCCGGUACAAAAUAAAUAUUGUGAUUCUGAAGUGGGCAUUACGUCUGCGAACAAGAGCUUAGUAGCCCAUCGGAUUCCUUCGGUACAAAAUAAAUAUUGUGAUUCUGAAGUGGGCAUCACGUCUGCGAACAAGAGCUUAGUAGCUCAUCGGAUUCCUCCGGUACAAAAUAAAUAUUGUGAUUCUGAAGUGGGCAUUACUUCUGCGAACAAGAGCUUUGUAGCUCAUCAGAUUCCUCUGGUACGAAAGAAAUAUGAGUCUGAAGUGGGCAUCACGUCUGCGAACAAGAGCUUAGUAGCUCAUCGGAUUCCUCCUGUACAAAAUAAAUAUUGUGAUUCUGAAGUGGGCAUUACGUCUGCGAACAAGAGCUUUGUAGCUCAUCAGAUUCCUCUGGUACGAAAGAAAUAUGAGUCUGAAGUGGGCAUCACGUCUGCGAACAAGAGCUUAGUAGCUCAUCGGAUUCCUCCGGUACAAAAUAAAUAUUGUGAUUCUGAAGUGGGCAUCACGUCUGCGAACAAGAGAUCAGUAGCUCAUCGGAUUCCUCCGGUACAAAAUAAAUAUUGUGAUUCUGAAGUGGGCAUUACGUCUGCGAACAAGAGCUUUGUAGCUCAUCAGAUUUCUACUGGUACGAAAGAAAUAUUGUGAUUCUGAAGUGGGCAUCACGUCUGCGAACAAGAGCUCAGUAGCUCAUCGGAUUCCUCCGGUACAAAAUAAAUAUUGUGAUUCUGAAGUGGGCAUUACGUCUGCGAACAAGAGCUUAGUAGCUCAUCGGAUUCCUCCGGUACAAAAUAAAUAUUGUGAUUCUGAAGUGGGCAUUACGUCUGCGAACAAGAGCUUAGUAGCUCAUCGGAUUCCUCCGGUACAAAAUAAAUAUUGUGAUCAUGAAGCUGGGAGUCAGGCAUUGUCGUGGAGACACUGCAAUGCCGAGGGCGGUGUUGUCGAGGAUGCUGAGUCGCAGUUGUUCGCAAUGCCUGCCUUGGAAUGCACUACACUACCUUCUGUCUGCCCCAUUAAAGUGACGAGCUCUGCUCUCCCAUCAGUCUGCAUCCACGACGCACCACCACGCGCGCAUUGCAAAGAAUAAAUGACGUUGCGACGGGAUUGUAACGAACAUAACGUUUAGAUUUGUUCCGCGGAAGACCGAUUCGUUACUGCCAUUGACCCCGGCCGGUUGCGUGGAGGUUUCAUUCUUGCAAAUGUGUUCAUGAACAAACUGUACUCACCAUCCAAAGUGCCCGGUUGUUGGGCUGUUCCUUGCUGUUUGUUAUUGCGCGUUCAAUAUAAACUUGAACUUUGGUCUUCGAGAUGUAAUCCGAGUGAGGAAAAUGUGCAGCGCAGCACAGCAAGUAAACUUCAACCUACAUUCCUGUCGUGAGGCAAGAGCUGAGAAAGUCGAUGUAAUAAGAGUGGCAGUUAUAAUUACAAUAAGUUAUAAUCCUUUGUCAGUGCACUGCUAGAUGAAGGCCUCUCUCCAUGCCACGUCGAUUAUGAGUUAUUGUCUUUUUUUACCACACUUCACGCUGGUCAAUGGUAGUCAAGAGUGUGUUGGGGGGGGGGGGCAGAGUGGGGCACAGAACCUUUCAGACAUAAAUCGCCACAGCUAUUUUAGAAAUUACUAAUAUAAUGGCCUGUCACGCCACUGCUGGGUGUAGGCCUCCCAAUGCCACGUCACUUAUGGGUUUUAAAAAUACCUCCACUGUAAAUCCAGGAAAGCCUCACCGAGGGCUGAAGGCUCUUUCAGGAGGAUCCUGCAUUGUAAUCCAGGAUUACUGCAAUACAGUCCUGUAUAUAAAGUAGCAAUAACAAGAAAAUUAAACAACAUGAUUAUUUUGUCAAACCAAGGUGUCUGCUUCGAAGAAGCUAGAUUCAAGACACUAUUUACCUGGUGAUCUUUAGCAAAGAUUCUGGAUUCACCUACACUGCUGUCACGUGUUGUUGGUCCAAGUCUUCCAUUGCAAAAACACAGGUGGCUGGUUCUCACAUGUUGAAAUCACGUCACUCAGACAUACCGUCGAUAUUCUGGGCACAGCGGCACACGUAGGAUUUGCCACCCGUUCUGGUUUUCCUCAUUUGAGGUAGCUGACCUUGUACGUCUUACAGUUAUACGACACCUUGCCGUUUUUGUGAGUUGUGUACAAACACAUUCAUUUUGAAGCAUGUAGUUCCACUCUACGCUUUGUGUCUUAAGAGUUGCCAACUACAAGCACGUGCCUUUAAUCCACAGCUUUGGGGGCGGAGAUUGUUGACCAUGUAUAGAUAACCAAAUGUAAUACAAUCUUGAUUCAUCAUCAUCUUCAGCUCCGGGCAGUCCAAUGCUUGUUGAAGACCGCUCCGAGCCUCCACGGCCUCUUAUUAUUCUGUGAUGUAGUAAUUCACCAUGCACCUUCACACGAGGUAUUCUAAUUGGAAUUAUAGUAUAAAGCGGUCUAAAUGCAUCCGCAUCUCAAUAAGCUGUAAAAACACGGGGAAGACGAUGUGGAUAAAGCUGGAGCAUUUAAACCUACUGCGGGACUUGUUUUUCAGGACUACUCCAGAGUACAGAAAGAGAAAAUAUAUCAUUGUUCAGGCCAGAUAGGGAGUUGAGACAACAUUCUGGUAGAAGUGUGGAAUGAAAGCAGUUCAUAGAUCCAGUUAUAGGCCAAAGAUUAUGGGAAAGUCUUGAGCCAGAACUGGAACAGGGGAAGGGUCAGGAAGGAAUUCCAGACAAUGUGGAACAACAGCAGAGAACAAACGUCCUCCUGCUCAGUGAUGGUUGACCUAGGUUGCACGUGGCACCUGCAAGGCUAGGCAGGUGUCUCCCCUAUCAGUAUGGAGGUUUUAUGAUUUCCCCUCAUGCAUGAGGUAUAUGUUUUUCUCUUCCCCAAGAUCUCCACUUUGUUCCCACGUGCAAAAAAAUAUUCAGUGACAGAUUGGCCAAACGGGUAAAGGCUCAGCCCUGCAAUUUCUCGUCACUGCUAGCGGAAGGGCCUCCACAAGAGGAAGCUGUAGAGAUUCCCCUCUGAAGUUUGUUUGUUCUCCUCUUCCACACUGGCCCGACAUCUUGAAAGAGGCGGAAGUAUACCCAAACUUUGGUCAACGACACGUGACCUGCCGAUUGACUGUGGCUUACCCCUUUAUGCUGCUGGGUGGACAGAGGCGGGAGGAUUGAAUAAACUUGCCCCAUAGUUUUCAACUGCAGAGCUGGGAGGACUUAACUGGUGACCUCAGGAUUGCAAGUCCUGUGUGCUACCCAUUACAGCACAGCAGCAUCCCCCCAUCCACAGGACCCCCAUGAAGAGGAUUUGAUUUUAGUGGAGGCUUGCCAAGGUUAAAAGAGCUCAUGUUCUACAGCAUGUACAUAUUUAAAAACGAAUAUCUUGCCACUAUAGGAGACAAUAUAUCAUGAAAGGUAAUUGUAUUUAGGCAGCAGUGAAGAGAGACACGUGUUGGUCAUGGCCCCAUGAGACAGAUAGGCCAUCUUGUUUUUAUGUUUCCGUCAGUGACAGUAACGUUUUGUUGUUUAUUACAACACAGAUACCCACCAGUGAGAUUAAGAAUAACAAAUGUGCCCAUAUCAGUCGCUUUACACAGCAGCAUUCAUAUAAUAAUAAUAAACUGCACAGUAUAUGACCGAGGCUUGCAUUUGCAAUGAAGUAAUUGAGGUCACAAAAUGCAAAUAUAUUACACUGUAAGCCCUUUUGCUCAGAGUGCAUAACAAAUCACUCGUGCAAUGCCACGGAAAAAAAUCACUAUCAGGGCGAGCUGUGUAGAAUACGCCCUUCCUUAAAAUCAAAAUACAAAAAAGUGAAUGCAUCUCUGUUCAAAUGAGCAUUUGGUGGUGCUCACCUCCAUAUGGGGGCCCUUAGCCAGAUUUGGAAAUU